AUACAACAAUUGGUGAAUACAACAUAUAAUUUGCUACUAUCCUGCGCCUGAGGCGAGUUUCUCAUAUUUCGAACUUGUGAACAUUGCAGAACACACCCGUAGUGGAAGUUGAUGAUUAAUUGACGCACUAGCGCUUCAACGACGGGCUUAGUACUUUAAUUCCGAAGGCCAACAUCGACUACGACCACAAACCACGGAGAACUACGAUUCCAAAUUGAUAUAUUGUAUGGCAUAUUCAUUGAUAGAAGGGAAAAUGUCUAAGAUUUUUAUUACAGGCUCCUCAGACGGGCUAGGACUAUUAUCAGCACAAGCCUUAGCAAGUCGCGGACACAAAGUCUAUCUCCAUGCACGGAAUGCCCAGAGAGCCGAAGAUGCGCGUCGUGGCUGUCCACAAGCGACUGAUUGUUUAAUCGGCAACUUAUCUUCAACCUCUGAGACAAAAAGCCUGGCGGAAAAGCUCAACGAGAAUGGUCCCUGGGACGCGAUCAUUCACAAUGCUGGAAUCAUGCGCGGUGGGGAAGGCGGCGAGCUGUUCACCAUCAACACAAUGGCGCCGUAUCUCUUGACAUGUUUAGUAGACCCGCCGCCCAAGAGAUAUGUAUUUCUCAGCAGUGGUAUGCACCAAGGCGGUGACGCAUCCCUAAGAAACAUCGAGCGAUGCGGCUAUAGUGACAGCAAGUUACACAACAUCAUGCUCGCUUUCUGGUUCUCAAGGCGAUUCGGUAAUAAGGUAGCAUGCAACUCCAUGGAUCCUGGCUGGGUUGCCACGAAGAUGGGAGGUUCUAGCGCUCCUGACGAUAUCGAUGCUGCGGUUGACACUUAUGUGAUGUUAGCCGAGGGUGGAGGGGCAGCCAAAGGUCAAACAGGAAUGCAUUGGUACCAAAAGCACUUGAGAAACACAAAGCCAGCUGCUGCCGACGAGCAGGUUCAAGACAAAUUGAUAAGCGUAUUACAGCAUGUGUCUGGUGUGAUGCCUCUUAAAUAGUACAAAACCCGAGGAAACCCUGAUUAAUUUUAACCAUCCCCAUAAAAA